UCAACCCUCUGUGAGCACACGUACACCGUUCCUUACCAUCUCUACCGCUGCCGUCGAUCACCGCCAUGAGAGCUGGCACGGGUCUGCUGCUGCUGUUGGUAGCAGUGAGUGUGUGUGGCUCACAUGCACAGAACAACAGCAUCAACAACAACAACAGCAAUAACAGCAGCAAUGACAACAAGCAGCAGCAGCAGCGCAGCAUCUGGGACGAUCCCAUCCGAUUCAGCACCAAGAGUAAGGAUGCCUGUACUAUGGUGGUGUCCGGAGCUGGUGACUACACUCGCCUGCGCGUCUCCUGCAAGGGCCCGAGCCAGGGCCAGAGCACGGGGCGCUCCUACUACUGCGACUUCCAGGGCAAGCCUAACCUGUGCCGUGCCUACAACCUGAACCCUCGCCACUAUUUCACUCAGAUGAUGUGGGACUUGAGAAAGCUGAGCCACGCCUGUCAGGGACCUAAAGUCUACCGCCCCUCGAUGUGUAAGAAACACCCCGAUGAGGCGCAGAUGACCCACCUGUCUUCCUGGCCCAAGAUCAACACCCCCAAGCCCUCCAAAACCAACCAGGACCCACGCAAGCCGGUCGCACCGGUGCAGACCAAACCCAUCACCACCGCCAAGCCCGUCAAGCCCCAGCCCCAGCCUGCAAAGCCCCAGCCCGGUAAGGGCAGCCAGCCCAGGAAGCCCAUUUCAAAGCCCGGAAAGACCACUCCGCGUGCCACAGAGGAGCCCGAGUCCAAGGCGUCCCGCCUCGCCAAUGAAUACUGCUGGAAGAGCUUUCACGGCAUUUGCAGCUAUUUCAUCGGCUGGUUCCACAACUGAGCCGCUGCCGGAGACGCAGUUGGCGAUGGAUCUCAGAGAACUUCACAUUCACGCCCUCCACUCCAGGCCGCUACAGAGCUCCCAUCUCCACACCAGGGCGCUCUCCUCCGACCGGCGACGAGAAACACGCCACCCCCUCUUCCCCUGCAGCGCCUCCCAGUUUGAAUACUUCCUACACACCGUUUCUCCACACCUGUGAACCGUUAUAGGACGACUGCUUGCCGUGUCUUGUUGUAAACAGGAUGAUUUUGAAUACUGUAAAAUAAAAAAAAACAAACAGC